AAUAAAAAAGAAACAUUUAUAUUAUAAAAUUAAUAAUAAUUAUAGUUAUUAUGUUGCCUCCUACUGUAACAGUAAUUAAAGUAACAAAUGUUUUAACACCAUAUAUUAUAAGAAUUUGUGAAAUCAAACAUUAUAAUGAAAAAUUAAAUUCUAUCAAUAAGAAAUUAUUUAAAAAAAAAGAAAUUUUUAAGACUAUUAAAAAAUACAGUGAACCAAAAAUAGGAGAUGCAGUUAUAGUAUAUAAUAAAUUACAUACAACAUUUGAUUUUCCUGGAUGGUUAUCUAGAGGACAUAUUUAUAGUAUAGGAAAUCUAAAAGAUACAUAUAAUAUUUUUCUAUCUGAUCAUGGUAUUUGUGUUGUAUUAAAAAAAGAAGAUUUUGUUAUUUGUUCAACUGAUAUAAUUACAGAAGAAUAUUUGAGCUUUACAGCUGGUUUAUAUAAUGUUUUACCUGCUGAUGUAAAAUAUGAUUUCUCUAUGCAUAAUAAAACUCUAACAAUUUUAGAUGAAUGGAGCACAUCUGCAAUUGAAUAUACAAAAGAACUAAUAAGUGCAUCUGAUACAAUUUAUUUUGAUUAUUUAGUAUCUGAUCAAUAUGGAAGAUAUUAUGGUGAAUUUUAUCUUAAUAUAAAAAACAAUAUAAUACGUUUAAGUGAAAUUUUAGUUCUUAAUCAUUAUGCUGUGUAUUUAGAUAAAGAAUUAUUGCAAUUUAUAAAAAAUCCUAUAAAUAAAAAUUUAGAUAGAAAAAUAAUUAAUAAUGAAAUCAUAUUUUAUUUAAACAUUUCAAAAGUAUUAAGUAGUAAUAAUAAAGAAAAAGAAAAAAAAGAAAGUUGUAUAAACAAAAUGAAAUUUGAAAAAGAUAAGUAUUAUGAAUUUAAAAAAAAUAAAGAAAGAAUAUUAAUUUAUGGAGAAGAUAAAUAUGAAUGUUUAAAUUCCACUUUAGAUGCAAAAUUUCCUGCAGAAAUACACAAGAUUUGGAAAUCAUUGAUACAAUCUUCUAAACCAAGAAAUAUACAAUCAUAUAUUUGGCCUGCUAUAAAAAAAGGUUUAGAUAUAAUAACAAUUGGAACAGCAAAAUCUGGUAAAACUACUGGAUAUGUAUUUGCUAUUUGUGGACUUUUAGCUACCAAUGCAAAUCUUCCUCAAGGAAUAAAUCCAUCUGUAUUAAUACUAUGUUCUUCUUCUUCUGAAGUAUUAGAAGUUAAUUUUUUAUGUACAGAAUUCCUACAAAAUUAUGAAAAAAUACGAUCAAUUGCUGCAAUUAAUGGUAAAUCAGAAAGAUCAUUAGUGGCUGAAAUGUUUAAUGGGUGUCAGAUAUUAAUUUCUACACCUACAUUUUUAGUACGUUUUAUGAAUAGGAAUGAAAAAUUAAUAAAUUUUAAAAAUCUUCGAUAUUUAAUUUUGGAUGGUGGUGAUAUUAUUUUGAAUAAAUAUUAUGAUUCUGUAAAUCAUUUAUUUAAGAAAUACAAUAUUAUUUCUAAUACAGAAUUAAAAAAUAAAAUGUUACAAAUUAUAAUAACUGCAACACAUUGGACACCACAAUUAAAAAAAGUUGCUUUUAUUUUAAUGGAUAAUCCAUACAUAUGUAUAGCAUCUUUUUUAGAAGCUGCAAUUUUUAAAUCUGUACAUAUAAAUAUAUAUGUAAUAAAUUCAAAAAAAAAAAAUGAAAAACUCUUAGAUUUAUUAAAUAAUGGAUAUUCUUACACAAGAACUAUAAUUAUUUGUACAAAUAACAAUGAAGCUGAAGAAUUAUAUAACUUUUUACAAAAACAUGUAGAAAUUCUUUUAGCUCAUGGAAAUAUGAAUUUUUUUCAAUUACAAGAUAUUAAACAAUGUUGGAAUGUUUGUAUAAGCGGUUCUUAUCCAAUUUUAAUAUGUACAGAUGAUAUAUUAUCUGAUAUAGAUAUUACAAAUGUAACUUGGUUGAUACAUUAUUCAAUUCCUUUACAUUCUAAGACUCAAUUUAAUUUUCGAUUUUCGACACUUAUAGAAAAUUUACAAAUGGAAAAUUGCAAUUGCAAAGUAACAAUAAUGAUGGAUGAAAAUAAUGAUAUACAAUUUUUACAUAUAAUGAAAAUUAUGCAGCGUAUGAAUAUUAUAAUUCCUCAAAAUAUAUUAGAAAAUAUUAAGUUUAUAACAAAUGCAUUAGAAAAGAAAAAAGAAAAUUAUCCUAUUUGCGACAAUAUAAAAUCCUGGGGAUUUUGUAAUAAACAAGUUUCGUGUGCAUUUAGACAUAAAAUAAUUUCAAAAAUUGAUAUACCACUCACAAAUAUUCAAAUAAAUGAUAAAGUGAAAUUCAGAGUAGUAAGUAUACUUGAUGCCACACAUGUUUCUGCUAGAAUUAUAUCGUAUAUUAAAUUUGAUACAUUAGAAGAAAUAGAAUUUCCUAAUACACAAUAUAUGUUAAUUAACAAAAGUAUUCAAGAAUACUAUUCUUGUGCAAAAAACAGAAAGAAAUGUGAAAUAAUAGACAUUGGAUGUAUAUGUGGUUUAGAAGAACCAGUAGAUACUUUUAAAAGAGUACAAAUUUUACAUAUUGAAAGAGAGAAUAAAACAGGAAAUCCAAAGUAUGUAAAUGUAAAAUGUAUUGAUAAUGGAGUCAUUUUAAACAAAGUAAAUGUAUAUAAUUUACUAUAUAUGCCAAAAGAACUUAUAAAAUAUCCUAUACAAGUAUUUGAAGUAUUUUUAGUUGGUAUAGCUCCUCAUGAUGAUGAAUAUAUUUGGAAUAAUUGUGCAAUUGAUGCUGUAUAUGAAUGGUUUAAAGAAAAUGUUGACAAUAGAUCAUAUGUAAUUGGAACAGUAAAUUUACAUCUUGGAAAUACAAUAUGGGUAGAUAGUUUAAACGUUGGAACAAAAUUAAUUGGAUAUAAAGACUUAAUUGGUUCAUCUAUAAAAACAGAAUUAUUAUUAAAAGAUCAUGCUGUCAAAAAUGAUAAACAUUUAAAUCAGAUGUACCAACUUUGUAGAGAUGCUGGAUUUCUACAAAUCAAUGGAUAUGAUUUAAAUCUUUAAAUGAAAAUUUGCGAAAAUAUUUUAAAAAAUCAUAUUUUAUAUUCUAUAUAUAUAU